UCGGGAAACGGCUUUGUAGUCGUAAAUUGCUCACGUUGCUGCUCUUCGACUCGCGUUAGUGUUCCUACCUGUGGCUGUGGGCAGCUGUCAUGGACCGCAUUAAGGAUGGGUGGUUCACAGAGUCCUGCGCGAUGUGGCCCGGGCAGGCGAUGAGUCUGCAGGUGGAGGAGGUUCUCUACCACAAAAAGUCCAAAUUUCAAGAUGUUAUGGUUUUCAAGAGUAAAACCUAUGGAAAUGUGUUGAUUCUGGACGGGGUGAUCCAGUGCACGGAGAGGGAUGAGUUCGCCUAUCAAGAAAUGAUUGCCAACCUUCCUCUGUGCAGCCACCCGGGCCCCAAAAAGGUGCUGAUCAUCGGUGGUGGAGAUGGUGGAGUGUUGAGGGAAGUGGUGAAGCACCCGCUGGUGGAGUCGGCAGUUCUCUGCGAGAUAGAUGAGGAUGUCAUAGAGGUAUCAAAAAAGUACCUCCCAGGAAUGGCUAAAGGGUUUUUCAGUCCCAAGGUCACCCUCCAUAUUGGCGAUGGCUUCGAAUUCAUGAAGAAAAACCAGGAUGCCUUUGACAUCAUUAUAACCGACUCCUCUGAUCCAGUAGGACCUGCAGAAAGUCUGUUCAAGGAGUCCUACUAUCAGCUAAUGAAAGCCGCUUUGAGAAGUGGCGGCAUUCUCUGCUCCCAGGGAGAGUGUCAAUGGCUCCAUUUGGAGCUGAUAAAGGAGAUGCAAACCUUCUGCAAGACGCUUUUCCCCGUGGUGGACUACGCCUACAGCACAAUCCCAACUUAUCCAAGCGGCCAAAUUGGAUUUAUGCUUUGCAGUAAAAAUCAUGAGACAAACUUCCGGGAACCAGUGAAUGCUCUCACUAAAAAAGAAAUGGAAAGUAUGAACCUUAAAUAUUACAACCCUGAUAUUCACAAAGCAUCCUUCAUCCUCCCUGAGUUUGCCAGAAAGGUACUCGGUGAAGCAUAACCUGCAACAGAAGACAUGCUUCUCCUCUGCCCGACCCUCAGAACACAUGGAAGAAAAAAAAUCCCCUCAUUCCAUGACUUUGCCGCCUCUUCAUCAUAGGUCACUGUCACCCAAGAGAAAAAUCACUUGGUGGGAACCCACUGGAUCACUACCCCAUCAGUGUUCUUCUCCUUCAGUCUUACGAACAUGUGCUGUUUUUUUUUUUUCUUUCUUUCUUUUUAAACUCCAGUUAAUGUCCGAUAAUUUUUGUAGAGCUGUUUAAUGGACUGGACUGACUGGAAGACCAUUGUGAUGUAAUCCUGACCUCAUUCUCCAACCAUGUACUGUCAGACUCUGGAUGUUACAGACCAUGUAGAUAUGUAAUACGUCGGAUGCACAUCGGUUAUUUUGUUUUUUAUGUUUGUUCAUUGAAUAAUAUGCAGCAUCCAUAUAUCACGACUGGGCGUUCAGGCCUCUCAUCAUUCAGUAACACAACAGACCUAUAGUGCCUGAUAUUAGCACUGUGCUAUGGAAAAAAAAAAAAUUCUGUAGAGUCCUACGCUUAAGUUCUCGGGCCAGUGUUUGACUAAUUUUAGAGUAUCACCAACUUGAGAAAAAUGACGAUUAGCUGAUGUGUAGCUUUGAACAUCAGGUAUAAAUAAAGCUUUCUAUUAUGAUAUUAGAAUGUCAGAAAAUAAAAAUUAAAAAAAACCUAAGAAUCUAACUGCGGUCCGAAAUGCAAGAAGUGGACACCCUUUAAGAUUAAAUUCAUUAUUCAAUUUUGGCUUGCAGAAUUAGGGAUUUACCUUCUGAUAGGAUGGCUGCUUUUGUAGUGAAACUGUUCUCCUACUGCAAGAUGCUGAUGACCUCUCUCCAUGUGGAAAUCUUUAACUGUUGAGUCAACAUGAUCUUUGUUGAGCCGUGGAGUUGUACAUGAGUAAUGAAUUUGUUUUUAUAAGAGUUAUGAACUGUAAUAAAUUAGUAACACAAACUGAA